AUGCGGUCAGAGAUUCUUGACUCGCUGCUGUCCUGGAUUCUCCAUCUCCGGCUAGGCUGUACCAAUUUCCUGAACACGUCAGAUGUAUUCAUUCUUUCCAUCCAUCAUCAUCGUCAUCAUCAUACGGUGCAGUGUCGUUGCCGCGUAAAAGUAAGCGUAAUAAUCACGCGGACAUUUGUGACAGGCAGAUUCCAAGGGACUGCAGAGGAGCUGCCCCCUAGCUCUAGACACAUGGCAUGUCUCGCAGGUGCCAUCGCCCCUUUGCCAGCCGUCCCUCGUUCAGUUACCACAGACAGCGGACUGGAGCAACGUCAGAACAUCAAGACGCAAACUGAUUCAGAUACGUCAGCUUCGGUCGACCCAUCCAGCUCAGCUCUCGCCUGCCCUGCGUGUUUUAUAGUGCUACCGAGUACACGCGAGCUGACGAAUCACAUACGAGGUCACAACUCUCCGAGGAUCAGCGAGGGUAGCGCAGCCGAGGACGAGCGCUCUUGUUGUGUCUGCGGCAAGGUCCUCAGCUCGGCGAGCUCCCUGGACCGUCAUAUCCUGGUCCACUCUGGUGAGCGACCGUUCAAGUGCGGAAUCUGUGGAACCGCUUUUACGACAAACGGAAAUAUGCACCGACACAUCAGGACCGCCCACGGCAGCAGUUCCUCGAACAGUUGCACGGAUUCGGAGGUUAGCAACGACUCCGAGAGGCCGACAAUGAAGCGACGGAGAAACGAGGAAUUCAUUAAUUACAACAACAAUAAUCUGUCCAAGAGAACAUCGCCGGAGUGCGUCCAGGAGGACGACGACCUACCGGCGAGUAAACGGAUCCACAUAACUCUGUUGAACGAUAACUCGAGAACUGACGACAAGGAUCAAACCGAGACUCAGCAGACUCACUGCUGCCCCGUGUGCGGGAGGGAGGAUUUUGCGACGAACAGCCUACUCGAGGAUCACCUUGAUCGCACUCAUCCUACCCAUCCGGCGAAAUGCGAUACAUGCAACCUGAACUUCAAGGAUCGUCGGGUGCUUAAUCAUCAUCGUUCGAUGGGACAUCAUUCCAAUCGUUCUAACGACAGCCCGACGAGGAAUCUCCGAAACUCGGUUGUCGGCUUCCCUGAUUUAACCUUCAUCGACUUUUCAGCCGGAAAAUUUCCGGCCAUUGCUCGUGCCGUUUGUGAAAAAUCACUACACCGACCGGCGUCCGGGGAAGUCGCCAAAUUCCAAUGCUGUAAAUGCUUGAGAGCUUUUCCCUGCAGAACUGCUCUUGACUCCCACGAGACUGACUGCGGUAACCAAAUAACACUGCGGGGAAACAUGGCCGAGGAUCAGUCAAAGAGAAACGACUUCUUCGCCGGAUUGGAUCUUCAAGAUAAGGCGGCACUCGUCGAAGCCAAGGAGGGAAAGGAUCUGGCCGACAUACAGAGCAUCAUUUCGCUAACGUCUGAAACUGCGAUUCUGCAGAACUUUCCGCGUCCCGAUGCAGUCACUCCGGAUAACGUUAUUAGGACCGGGUCCAGCGUCGGUUCGUCUGGAUCAUCCUGCAUCGCGUCUGCUGAAAAUCAUGAGGAAGAACUUCAGGAUGCCUUCUCUGCCGAGUUCCGUCGGAUGAAACUUCGCGGUGAAUUUCCGUGCAGACUCUGCAGCGCUAUUUUCCCCAACCUGCGAGCUCUCAAGGGUCACAAUCGGGCGCACAUGGGAGUCGGCCCUGGAAUGCCGUACCCUUGUAACAUGUGCCCUUUCACAAGCACCGACAAGGCCACCCUGGUGAGGCACUUGCGAACUCACAACGGCGACCGGCCCUACGAGUGCUCUAUGUGCAAUUACGCAUUCACAACGAAAGCAAACUGCGAGCGUCACUUGCGGAAUCGUCACGCCAAGCUGACCCGCGAGGAAGUGAAGAAAUCGCUAAUCUAUCACCCCAGCGAAGAUCCGCAGAACGAUAACGGGGAAGCCCCGGCACGAGGCGUGCGGGACGACACGCGGAGAGUUCUUGUAUAUCCGAACGAACGCGAAGAACCCAGCCAACAGAGGCCGAUCAGCGUUGGCCCUGACGGAAAGGCGGAGAUCAGGGUGAUCGAUGAGGCGAAACUUAGGCAACCGGAUCUUGCCGGUGCACGGCACGCUCCCCAGCUGAGUAGUUUCGAUACAUCCGAGAUAUUCCAAGGCAGAAAGCCUCAGAUUCAAUUGCUUGAGAUGCAGGUACAAAGGCACACCGAUAAUUCUAUGGAUAUAGACAUACCUCAGGACUUGGUAUUAAAGCCACUUCAGUUUCCACCCAGCAACGACGCUCAGGACGAUAACUCGUCGAACGAAAGUAUAUCACGUCUAGUCACCGAAGCCAAACACUUAGCAGCAAUACACCAAAGACUGCCGAAUCUUCACGUCGAUGUUCAAACAUCCACCGGUCGUUACAGCUUAGCCGACGAAGCACCGUUGGAUCUAUCGAUGGACGCGUUGGAUUUAAGCAAGAAAUCGAAGAUGAAGGAAACCGAACAACCUGCCGUUGUUCCAAAUAUGGAAGAAAUCGACCAGAGUGAUAAGAACAUUUUCAACGCGGCGAAUCAACUCCUUUUGACGCAAGCUCUGCUCAAAAGUGGUCAAAACCCGCAAUCCACAACCCUGCAAGAAGCACUUUACGCAAACGCUCAACUUCUGUUCCCAAACUUUGGUACUUUUUCACCUGCGAGUUUGAUAUCGCCGUUCAUGUUCAAUGCCCAUCUCUUUGCAAACCCAGAAUUUGCCAUGAAGAGUAGACUUCCAACGGAACCGAUCAGAGGUCUGCGGUGCAGCGGUGGCAGCCUGUUAGAGCCUGCGAUUUCCAGACCUGAAUUUGGAACAGCUUUUUCUCAAACCAGGGAGACUUCGCACCGCUCGGCUAGCGAAAACACCGAUUACUCGCCAAAGCUGAUGUCCCCGAAGUUAUCGAGCAAGAUAUCCGCUGCUCGUGAAAAGGUUGAUAACACGUCGUCUUCAAAUUCUGUUAAGAUGGUUAUAAAGAACGGUGUUCUUAUGCCAAAACAGAAGCAACGAAGGUACAGAACUGAGAGACCAUUUGCUUGCGAACAUUGUUCGGCCAGGUUCACCCUUAGAAGCAACAUGGAGAGACACGUAAAACAACAGCACCCCCAGUAUUGGAGCCAGCGACAACGAGGUGGGCAUUCGACCAGAGGCCGACCUCCAACAAACCCACCAACAAACCCACCAAUAAGCCCACCAACAAACCCACCAACACUACUGCAGAACUUCAACCAACCCACCUCUCAGUCAAUGUCGCAAAAUUUUCCGAGCAUUCUACCAAAAAACGACCAUACCAACUCGGUGCAAAAUUACGGAAAGCAUUCAAUUUCCGAUCAAGUCAAGUACGCGAUUCUUGCACAACAGUUGAAGGGGAAUAAAGCAGAAGAAAAUGACUCUGAUAAAGAUUUGGUUAUCGAUGAAGAACCCGCAGAAGAACAAGCUUCAGAAUCUCGAGAACAGCAUAGCGAACGGCAGCCCUUGAGUCUGCUCAGAGGUAAGCUAGAGGAUAAAAAUGACUACAAUAAAGAUAACAUUAUGAAACAGCAUGUGAAUGAAUUUUCAAAGGAUUAUUUGGUGCAAAUAAGAGAACAACAUCUCGAGCGAUUGAAACGUGACGCUAAAUUGUACGAGGCAACUAAUACGAAAGAUAAUUCGGAUAAGGAUGUAAAGCAUGAGAUGGAUGAGAACGAGAUGGAAGAUCAGAAAACUAUACACGAAACUGACGAAUCUGUUGAGGCAAAAGAAGAGGAGAAAGCCGGAGGGGAAGAUGGUACUGCAGAUCUUGCUAGCGUGUCGAAGCUACUUGACAACGCUUCGCAGCAGCACCAACAGUUUCAACCACAGUAUCUGAGCGAUGAGGAGGAGGGACUGGUUGCUUCAAGGAGUGAAGGAAACAAUUCCGGAAGUGACGAUAAAUCUGAUUCCAGCAAUUCCGAGAACGUUACUCGUAAAAAAAAAUCUGCAUAUUCGACGGCACCGAACAGGGUUCCAUGCCCGUAUUGCGAGAGAGAAUUCCCCUGGACGUCUUCACUGAGGAGACACAUACUGACGCACACCGGCCAAAAACCCUACCAAUGCUCUUAUUGUACGCUACUGUUUACGACAAAGUCAAACUGUGACCGCCAUCUUUUAAGGAAACACGUGAACGCCAAGACCAGAAGCCGGGCCAAAUCAUCCCGACCUUCAUCCUCCCCCGAGGCCUCGGCAAGUUUGGGAAACAGCAACACCAUCGCGAUGAGAAACGUACCGGAGAGACCCUAUAAGUGUAACCAAUGCCCAAGCUCGACAUUCUCAACAUUGGGAAACCUGAAAAAGCACAUCUCCUCCAAGCACCGCACCAGCAGCGGUCCUAAAUCGCAGCCAGACAGCCCGAUGAGCGAUAUGCAGAACAGCCCCAACGGGUCUUUGAAACAAAACGAUCAAAGUGGAUACGAAAGUCACUCUUCGAGCUUAGAAGACACAAUGCGGAACUCGCCGAUUAGCCUCGUAGAAGAAAAUGUCCAGAAGGCCACCCCGAAUAUUUCGACGAGCACCGACACUUCGCAGUCCCUGAAGACCUCCCCAGAAUCCGGAUCCACCGUCUCAUCGUGUUCAUCCGAAUUACCAUUCAAGUGUCACCUUUGCGACGGCAGCUUUGCCGAGAGGCAGGACUGCCUGGAACACAUCAAACACGAACAUAGACCUGAGUACGAGCUUCUUUUGACAAAAGGUGCGUUGGACAUGGCUGCGGAAACCGAAAACCAUCCCGAAGAGCAGCAACAACCAUCCCAGCAGCAGUGCGAGGAUGGAGAAGGUCAACGCGGCAAAUUUCCAGAUUACGCUAACAGAAAGGUGGUCUGCGCUUUUUGCAUGCGCCGUUUUUGGUCAGCUGAAGAUCUCAGGCGACAUAUGCGAACACACACUGGCGAGAGACCCUUCUCAUGCGACAUUUGCCGGAGAAAGUUUACUCUGAAGCAUAGCAUGCUGCGACACCGCAAGAAGCACGACUCUGUUCGUUCCUCGAUUUACACAGGUGCCAGCGGGGACGAGGAAGCCUCCCCGACAACGCCGAUAAACAGUAAUAGUAACAGUAACAAUGCGAUUAAAACACAGGAGUCGACAACCGGUCGUAACGCGGUACCAGGAACCGCGACUCCCGUGCGAUUUGAUGCCCAUCAAAAAUUGACUAGCCUGUCCGGCAAACUUACGGGUGUCCGACAUAACAACAAUCACAUUGAUGGCACAGACGACAACGACUUGAUAUCAAAUCUUUUGGGCAUUAGAGACAAAACGAUUAUUGACAGGGUUUUGCAAGGGUCUCCUGAUGACGCAGCCAAGAUACUUGGUGUUAAAAGUGGUCAAGAAUGAAAUAUUUUAUUGCACCGGAAAUUAUUUCAUACCACCCCCCUGCUCUCUUUUACCGAUUCUCUCAGAUGACAAUUUUUUUG